ACCAGGAUUCCUAUCCAAGAGGAUUUAGACCUCGCUUAAAAAGAUGCCUGCUGCCUGUGAUUCGGUGCUUGAGGAUAUUGAAGACAUUGUGUCAGCAGAAGAUGUGAAACCACACGACCGACAGUUUGUGAGAAGGAAUGUUUUUCCAAAAGUGCGAAAACGCAAUUCACAAAAAAAGGUUCAGACAGAAGAUGAUCCCCCAAGUGACAGCAUUAUUCCUGGUGUUCAGAAAAUCUGGAUUCGUACAUGGGGAUGUUCUCACAAUAACUCAGAUGGUGAAUAUAUGGCUGGACAGCUGGCUGCAUAUGGAUACAAAAUUACAGACAACUCUGCUGAAGCAGAUCUGUGGUUGUUGAACAGUUGUACAGUAAAAAAUCCUGCCGAGGACCACUUCAGAAACUCAAUCAAGAAAGCCCAAGAAGGGAAGAAGAAAGUCGUUGUAGCAGGCUGUGUGCCACAAGCCCAACCUCGUCAGGACUACCUGAAAGGCUUGAGUAUUAUAGGGGUUCAGCAGAUAGAUCGCGUAGUAGAAGUUGUGGAAGAAACUAUUAAAGGUCAUUCUGUGAGACUGCUGGGUCAGAAAAAGGAUAAUGGAAAACGUCUGGGGGGAGCACGACUGGAUUUGCCAAAGAUUAGGAAGAAUCCACUGAUAGAAAUAAUUUCCAUCAAUACAGGGUGUCUCAAUGCAUGUACCUACUGUAAAACUAAGCAUGCCAGAGGAGAUCUAGCAAGUUAUCCAAUUGAAGAACUAGUGGACAGAGCCAAACAGUCUUUUCAAGAGGGUGUUUGUGAGAUAUGGCUGACCAGUGAAGACACAGGGGCUUAUGGCAGAGACAUUGGCACAGACCUCCCCACCCUUCUGUGGAAGCUGGUUGAAGUUAUUCCUGAGGGAGCUAUGCUGAGGCUUGGCAUGACAAACCCUCCCUAUAUUUUAGAGCAUCUGGAGGAAAUGGCGAAGAUUCUCAAUCAUCCAAGGGUGUAUGCUUUUCUGCACAUACCAGUCCAGUCAGCCUCUGACAGUGUGCUCAUGGACAUGAAGAGAGAAUACUGCGUGGCAGACUUCAAACAAGUAGUGGAUUUCCUUAAAGAAAAAGUGCCUGGAAUAACAAUUGCUACAGACAUCAUUUGUGGGUUUCCAGGAGAGACAGAUGAAGAUUUUCAAGAAACAAUGAAACUUGUAGAACAGUACAGGUUUCCAAGCUUGUUUAUUAAUCAGUUUUACCCACGCCCAGGAACACCAGCUGCAAAAAUGCCUCAAGUUCCAGCUGCAGUGAAAAAACAGAGAACAAAGGAUCUGUCCCAGCUGUUUCAUUCAUACAAUCCAUAUGAUCAUAAGGUUGGUGAGAGGCAGAGAGUUCUGGUAACAGAAGAAUCAUUUGACUCCAAUUACUACGUUGCUCACAAUCCUUUCUAUGAGCAGGUCCUUGUGCCAAAGGAUCCUCUGUUGAUGGGUAAGAUGGUAGAAGUGAAUAUUUAUGAAGCUGGAAAACAUUUUAUGAAGGGGCAACCAGUGUCAGAUGCCAGAGUUCACACUGCAUCCAUCACCAGACCAUUAGCAAAAGGAGAAGUUUCUGGUUUAAGAGAGGAGUUCAGAUGUGGACCACAGAAUGGCACAAACUGCAAAACGCACCCUUCUGCUGAGAUCCCAGUGAAAACACCGCUCAGCUCGUGGAUGGCUUUGCAGCUCCCAUGGCAACAAGGAGGUGGACUGAAGAUACUGUCUGCAAGCCUGGCUUUACUGGCGGUUCUUGUUAUGUUUUACUACGGUGGAAUGAAAACAGGACUGUGAACUGAAUGAGGCUUUUAUGAAAACAAUAAAACUGCUGUUUAAAAUCUUCAAAGGAAACACUUUUACCAAGAAAUCUUUUUUCUUUUUUUUAAAUAAUAUAAAUUGGGCAGUAAUUCAUACUCACUCUAUGCCUUUCCUGUCAUUCAGUGGAGAAAAUGUUAAUAAGCUGUGGGGAGACCUAUCUUGUCAAAACCUGAGGUCUUUGUUUGGCAGAACAGUUUGUUGCAUCUUCCCUUUUCUUUUUCUUCUGAAAUGAUGCAAUAUUUGCAUUGCAUACUCUUUUCAUAACUACUGUAUCAGGUAAAAUUGCAUGAAGUUUAUAAGAAAUGUUUCCACUGAGUGAUGUUGGUAAUCUUUUAUGGUCAGAAUAUUUAAAGCUUUCUUAAAGAUUUUUCUUAGUGCAGUGUGAUGGUUUGAUAUGUGUCUUUUUACAUUAGAAUCAAACACUGCAAGACCAUUAAAGUUUGUCAUUUGUUGCUAUUUAUUUUGCUGUCAUGUCUGAAAGAAUUUUACCUGCCGUCUUACCUCUCUCAACUUUGCAGUGAAUCACUAGGCUUCCUUAAUACAAUAAGAAUUAUUUUUUACAUAGAAAUACUUUUAAAGGUUUUAUAAUUGAAUAGGAAUAUGUAGAGUUCUAUUAAAAGAUGGAUUUAAUACAGUCUAUAGAUUUAAUACAAUGCUCAGAGAAGUACAUGUGAAUCUCUAUGAGCUGUGCGUUGGAUCAUGCUGUGUGUAAGACAAUAUUGCUGUGUUAGUGGGAAGGUUGCAUUGGGCACACUGGAAAUUUCUAAUUACUUUCUUCAAGCCAUUUUUGUCAUGACGGGAUCUCCAUGCAUCUUGAGAGUGUGCUGGUCAGUCAGGGGCUGGACUGUGUGCCCAGUUCUUCUGCCUGAUAUUAUUCAUUUGUUCAUGCCCUGUCACUUUUCUGAAUCUUCAUCGAAACUUCUACUUGCAAAGGCUGUUUAAAAUAUUAAGAACAGGAACUCUAGGGUUUAGGGUUUUUUUACUUCUGGGAUGUUUGUGUGGUACCCAGAUGGAGUGGAGCUGCCUACAUGGCUGGCGUGAUUUAACCCCAGUAGGCAGCUAACACAGAGCCACCCGCUCAUUCCCCUCCCUGUGGGACUGGGGCGAGAAUCAGAAGAGUAAAACUGAUAAAACUUAUGUAUUGAGAUAAAGACACUUAAGUAGGUAAAGCAAAAGCUGCACAGGCAGGCAAAGCAAACCAAGGAAUUCAUUCGGUCAGUACUUUGGCAGGCAGGUGGGCAGCCAUUCCCAGGAAAGCAGGGCUCCAUCACACGUAACCGUGACUCAGGAAGACAAACACCAUCACUCCAAAUGUGCCCCCUCCUUCCUUUUUCCCCUAAACUUUUUAUUGGUGAGCAUGACGCCCUAUGGUCUGGAAUAUCCCUUUGGUCAGUUUGGGUCAGUUGGUUGUGUCCCCUCCCAACUCCUUGCACAUCCCCAGGCUCCUCUCUAGUGGGGCAGCGUGAGAAGCAGAAAAGGCCUUGACUCUGUGCAAGCACUGCUCAGGAACAGCCGAAAGGUCCCUGUGUUAGCAAAUCUAAAACAUAGCCGCAGACCAGUUGCAAUGAAGAAAAUUAGCUCUAUCCCAGCCAAAACCAGUGCACUGUCUCUACAGUGCAGGUGAAUAGUCCACUAGUAAGAAUGUUUUGUACUUUAUAAGCUGGGCAUGCAUAAUGGUUACAGGCAAUUAGUCAGGAAGUUCCACCAUGAUGCUUUCAGUACAGCCUGUAAAUUAUAACAACAGAUGUAACUGUCUUCAGGAAAUCAGGUAUGUGAUGACGCAAAUAUUAUACUUCUUAUUGCUACCACGGAAGGUCUUGAGCCACGACUCAAAAUUCAUGAGAUUUUAAAAAAUAAAAACUGAACCAAAACCAAACUGUGCCUUUGAUUUGCCUCUGUUUGGUUUGGGUUUUUUCCAUGCUUUUCUUUACAAUCAGGAAUAUGUAACUAUCAGUAAUUUACAUUUUUAACAAAUUUGAGAAAUUCUUUAAAAAAAAGCACAAGCUUGACUGAGGGAGUUGAAAUUUUCAGGAAAGUACAACAGAUUUCAAGAUUCUCAGGAAAACUACGGAUUGACAAAAUCGUUAUGUCUGAGCCAAAUUUUUGCAUGUGAUGAGAAUAAACUAUGCAGAUAUGUUCUA